CCCCACAUUUUGAAUUAACUGACAUGAUUGCUGAAUUUUCUUUGUUGUUGUUGUUUUUUAAUUUGUUACUUGUUAUUUGAUAAGGUUCAAGUUCUUCAACAAAUCUUUAUGCUGGUAGUACAAUCCAUGCAGCAGUUCUUGGCAACAGAAUUGAAUCAACUAUCAGCACAAGACAUUUCUGCUUUAGUGCACUUGUCAUCUCUGGCUGAACAGAUUUUGAGCUGGGAUUUUUCAAAGUUUGGUCACAGAAAAAAGCUUGUGUCAGGGGAAGCAGCAGCUGUGAUCCUAUUUAGACCAGGUACUUCUUGGAGAGAGCUUAUCUUUGAUCCUGCUCUGGUGGGCUUGUUUUGCAAGCUUCAGCUAAAGAUGCAGGCCAAUGAUGAAAUAUGCCACCACUGUGGUCAGUGCUUAAUUCAGCUUGCCUCCCUCUGUGGAGAGGUAUUUCAAGAUACUCUGUCACAAACACAAUACAUAUCUAAUUUCAUGGAGGGAUUUCUGCAAAUCUCUAAAAGCUUGGAGAUGAAUGGACAAGCGGCAUUGUGCCUUGGUAGCAUUGUGAACCGUCUUCUGUGUGUGUUUCCUAUUUAUGCCAUCAAGGCUUUACCUGUCGAUACACUAAGAUUGUUUGGAGAAGCCAUGACUGACCUGACAUGUUCCUUUUUACAAGCUGUUGCUAAAGAAGAAGAGCUAAACACUGAGGACACAAGCUUUAUAGAAGCUGUAGAACAAUUCUUGGAAGGAUGGGCUAGCCUACUGGAGUACUCAGGAUUGUUUCCUAAGGGAAUAUUCAGUGAUAGUGCCACUAAGAUAUUAAACUGCUAUGUUCAGUGUCAUUUGGCAGCUCCAGAUGGUUUGCGUGGGACAUUUUCACAUCAGAUUGACAAUGGCAUUCACCUUGAUGAGAUCUGUGAUUUGGAUAGUGAUGACAGAGAACUUUUUGUCGAUCAGUUAUGUACUAUUGGCAGCUUUGGUCGUCUCAUACCAGAUCAUGCUCUCAACCUUCUCACGAAACUCUUAGAAACUAGAGUUGAUCAGUUUGAAAAGUAUCUCUCUGCCAUCAAGUAUUCAACAGGGCCUUUAUCCUCCGGCUUUUCAGGCAUGGAUAACCUUUAUGAAGACCUUCAUUGGUUACUUCUAAUUUCUGGUUACUUUCUUGCUGAUGAUGGCAAUGGGGAGAAACCACUUAUUCCAAAAGAAAUUAUAUCAUAUUCGUCAAGUUUAGAAAGUCAUGUUGAUGUGCAGGCUACUUUUCAGUGUCUCUGUUCAUCACAAAUCCAAGGGGAUGCAAACAGUAUUCAGGACUAUUCCAGAGUUGAUCCAGUGGUGAGACUUGUGUCGGUUAUCUUCCGCUUAGCAGACCUGGAGAAACAUGCUCUAGGAUCUGGUCUAUCAGAACUAUUAAGUCCCCAGGUUGGGCGGAGUAUUGUCUGGUGCCUGAGGCAUUGGGCUAAGUCAUAUCUGUUACCAGACGAAAAGGAUUAUGACAAACUUAGUGUGUCACUUAUGUCUGUGUUUGGACCAUGCACUGAUGGUGGAAAGUGGGCUCUAGGAUUCCUAUUGGAUAAAGUUAGGACCAAUUUAUCUGGAUGGUCUGCGGAGUCACAGAUUGUUGAGGACGCUGCUUUGUUGCUGUUAAGCUUGGUGGACAGCAAAAACAGGGCAGAAGUGGCCAUCUCCUUCGACAGUCUGUGGCUUCUAGCACAAGAACAUAUGUCUAAAACUUCUGUUCUUCACGAGCUUCCGCCUGAAGUGUUGCGCUACCUUACACAGGCUCUUGUACUGGCAGGAUCAGUCGGGGACGAUACAACUGCGAGAAAGAAAUACUUAGAUCAACUUCUACGGACCUUACAGUCGCAUUUCUUGGGCACUUGUCACCAGCCAGACUUCACUAAAUUGUCUCAAAAGGAACCAGUACGAAGUCAGAUGCAGUGUUUGUUAGAGUCAUUCAGAGGAACAGCUUUGGCGGCAAAUCGACACAAUGCGAACACGCUGUUUAACUACCUCCUCCCUGUACUCUCAAACUGCGUGCCACUGGUGAAUGUGUAUCAGAAUUGUCCCGAAGUAGUUUUUCUGGUUCUUGAAUUGUUUGUGGAUGUAGUCGACUCUCAGAUUGCCUAUAUUGAGGAGCGUGAAUUACCAAGACUUUAUGAAGUUUGUAUGGGGCUUGUACAGACGUAUGGGAAAUGUAAUCUGGGAAAAAUAAGCGAGGAGUCGCUGGCAGAAGAGGAACAACUGAACGAUCUUCUUCUUCUGAUAAAACUCCUUUCCAGCUUGCUGUCCAAGGAUAGCCUCGAUUUUGGCUCUGGUGAAGAUCAGAAAGUGACACCAUCUGACGUGGCGUUCUAUGGUCUUCAUGUUAUCAUACCUCUUAUGUCCCCAGAGGUUCUCAAAUUUCCAAUGCUGUGUACAGAGUUUUUUAAGCUGACGACCUACGUGUGCGAAAUGUACCCUGAAAAGAUGUCAGCUCUGCCAGACGAGUUGUUCAAGAGCCUCAUGGCCUCAUUAGAAGUGGGACUGACAAAUUACGGCGCUGAUGUCACAAAAAUGUCCUUAGAGGCUCUUUCUUCGUUAGCAACCUACUGCUUUGAAGAGGCACAGAAAAAUGUGAGAGUCCCCAUUCACGAGGUUCUUCAGCAUUUCUUGAAGACUCUGUUUGAUAUGCUUCUUCUAAAGUCAUUUGACAUGGAUUUACUUCAACCAGCAGCGGAGGCCUUUCUUGCUUUGAUUUGUUGUCAUCAGAUGUAUUAUACCGAGUUGGUACGUAACCUUUUGGCGCAACAGACGGACCGAGUUUUAGGUCAGCGGCUUUUAGACGCCUUCAAUCAGCUAACUCCGAGCAACAUGAAGUUAUCACUGGACAGACUCAACAAGAUGCAGUUCAGGAAAAGUCUGGACUUGUUUCUCAGGAGUGUCAAAGGUUUUCUUUGCGUCAAGUAGAAACUUCCUUGAUGAAGUAAAGAAAUCGCAGGUUCC